AAUUGGUUCAUCACGUAAGUAAUAACGUUCGCCUAGGGGUUAUAGAUACAGACACUAGCGAAAUAUAUGCCAAAGCUAUAAUUUGCGUAACUAUAGUAAGCUAUCGUAAUUUUCCAAGAGACCAGAACAAUAUUUUGAAUAUGGAGAAAUAGUGAAUUAUAAUCUACAAUAAAACAUGCCAAAGCUAAGUGGUGACUCGUGGAAAGAAAUUCGACACAAACGCGUUAUAACACCGGAAUGCCAAAAUUGUCCGAUAAUAAAUAGGUACUAUUCAAUUAAUCGAAUUUUAUUACUAUGCAUUGGUUUGUGGCCCUAUCAAAAGUCUAGUUUCAGACAGAUCGUAAUAACAUUUACGACCAUAAUGCUUGUAUCAGGUGUAGUAUUUCAGCUAACGACUUUCAUCACGACUGAGUAUGACAUAGACAUUCUUCUACAUGUUCUCGCGUACAGCAUCUCAUGGUUAUCUUAUGCAUUAAAAUAUAAUAUGCUGUGUUUAAAUAUAAGACAGAUGCGAUACUUUAUGGAUCGAGUGCGUUGUGAUUGGGCUGAAUUAAACAACAUGCAAGAAAUUAAAAUAAUAAAAGAAUAUUCAGCUAUCGGAAGAUUCAUUACAUUAAUUACAACAUUGUUCAUCUAUAUAUCUAUUUCUUGCUUCAUUCUGAUACAGUUUCUAUCAAACUUUCUUUUGGACAUGAUAUCCAAUAAAAAUGAAUCUCGUGUACGACAAUUUCCGGUCCUAAUAGAAUGUUUUAUAGAUCAUCAAAAGUAUUUUUUUCUAAUUUUGUUGUUUUUAUGUCUUGUUGUCCUGUCUGGUCUAACCACAGUGGUAGCUACCGAAACACUUAAUAUGACAUACAUACAACAUGUGUGCGGUUUAUUUGAAAUAGCCAGCUGUCGCAUAGAACAAGCACUACACAAAAAUACGAUGCGAGGUAUUGCAUCUCCCAUCGAGAGAAGUUCGAUAAUAUGUCAAGGAAUAAUCAGUGGCUUCAAUAUGUACAAAAAAGCAAUCGAGUUUAUCGAAAUGUUGAAGGUACAUUAUACAUGGGCAUAUUCAGUACUAUUACCAUUUGGAGUAUUGUCGUUGAGCGUUAAUCUC